AUGCGCCCCACCACAAUCCUAUUCAUCGCCGUAUUUCUAUAUAGUGAUGCUUUCAAUAAGAAUAGCAUAGAAGAAUGUGCUCGAGUGCUCAGCGAAAAUCUUCAGGACACCUUCAAACGGGUAACGAAAAGCGACCAAAUCAUUCAACUUUAUGACCAAUUUGUUGAACCGGAACAGUUUGAUCCACGUGAAGAGCUGAAGAGGAGCAAAACUGCUGUUGAAAAUUAUUUGCGAAGGAGAGCUGAAUUCGCUUAUAAGGCUAAAGUUUCACUGGAGGUUCGCGAGGUGGUGAACGCUAGCGAUGAAGACGUGAAUGAUCCGAACUCAAAGGAUUUCAUUCGAUUUAUGUCGGCAAAACAAGGAAAUGAUGCGACGACUAUUUACGUUCAUGACCAUUCCUUGAGGAAGACGAAAGUCAACGAAACGCGAAAUUUCACUCUAGCUGCCAAUGCCAAUUUCUACAGUCUCCCUACCUCAUCGAUAGCCUCAGCUGUCCAUAUACCAACUCCGCUUUACGAUAGAAAUCCUGAACUACUACGGAAAAUUGAGUGGUCCCAAAUCGACGAAGUCUACCGCACUCAUCGUGAAGAAACUCGUGAUCUUGCAUUUCAACUGUUCUGCUCAGAGAGCGGUUACAUGCGAUUUUUUCCGGCUGCAUCCUGGUUUUGGGAUAACCACAUAGAACACUUAGAUUUGUUCGACUGCAGAAAUACACAGUGGUAUAUUAAUGCAGCUACAAAUUCGAAAAACGUGGUGAUUAUGUUGGAUAUGUCCGGAUCCAUGUUGGGACAGCGUUACGAGAUCGCGAAGCAAACCACUGAGGCUAUUCUGGAGACACUUAGUCAUAAUGACUACUUCAACAUUAUGCCGUUCUCAAAAAAUCCCUCGUUUUUGGACGAUUGUAAUGGCAAAAAUGGACUUCUACAAGCUACUAUGCGCAAUAAAAAAAAUCUUCGCAACAAAAUGAACAAUGUGACGAGUGAAGGGAAAGCAGAAUAUGAGAAAGCAUUACCGCACGCUUUUACAGCCCUUCUGAAUAUCAGCGCGCAUAAUGGACGCCCGGAUCAAGGUUGCGAAAAUGUGAUCAUGUUGAUCACUGAUGGUGCACCAAAUAAUUACAAGGAAAUUUUCGAUCUUUACAAUAAAGAUAAGAAGGUUCGUUUCUUCUCGUUCCUGAUCGGUGAGGAAGCGAUCGAUUUCGAACAAGUGAAGAACAUGGCAUGCAAUAAUCGUGGCUACAUGGUGCACGUGCAGAAUAUGGCUGACGUCGAGGACAAGGUCCAGCAUUACAUUCGCACCAUGUCACGCCCGAUUGGCCAACAUGCAGGUGACCUUCAGGUUGGAGACGCCAUGUGGAGUGGGGUAUACAGAGAGAGAUUGUACUUGCCUCGCCCUGAAACUUUCGCUGAGCCGGUUCCGAUCACAAAUCAAUCGUACGCCGUCAUGAACAAAAUGGCUGCUCGUCGUAAAAUUCGUUUACAAAAGACCGAAGCUCGUGGUCGAAUGUUCGUAACCACUGUUUCUUUCCCAGUCAUCGUUAAUCGAACUUUUAUGGGUGUUGCUGCUGUAAAUAUUCCACUUACAGAGCUUAAUCAACAGGCACAUCCCAGUAACAUUGGUGGACGCAGCUAUUUCUUCAUGUUGGACCAGAACGGCUUCAUCAUGUUCCAUCCGCAAUUAAGACCUAUAGAUCCGUUCACUAAGUCACACAAACAGAACUACAAUAAUAUGGACCUACUUGAACUGGAAGUUCCACAAUCGCAACAGAUUCGACUAUCGCAAGACACGGAGGAUGUAGCGGAUAUCUAUUGCGACUCGGGCACAACAUUUGCCGAAUGCGUCGGACAAAUUCGAGACUUUGUACGCAGGAUGGUUAUGGAUUGUGAUAAUAGCGAUCCACAGCAGUUGGACAUCCUCUAUGCUACGGAAAUGUUGGAUCGAGUGUAUCCACAGACGAAUUCAUACUACUCGGAAUGCAUAAAAGGCGCAAAUUUUGUGCUAGGGUUAGCUGUCGCGAAAGGCGAUGACCACCGAUGGCGUCCGAAAACUCGUACCUAUGAUUAUCAUCGAGUACAAUCGAGCUGGACGAGCGACAAGCAGUGGAAAGUGCAUCCGCACUGGCGCUACUGCCUUCUCAACGACACUGACACCAACAUCACAAAAGAAGAAGCGUUCAUGAUCUAUGCAAGUCAGAUGAGGCAUAGCGGAAGGCUGCCAGACCUGUGCCGCCCUCGUGAAAAUCUCGUUCGUAGACUUCUUGUGGAUUUAGAAGCGACAAGCGCUUUGCAGGAUAGCUGGGAUCUCCAGUGGCAGUUUUUGAAGGACAAUCUCAUCCAUCUCGUUUUCUUCGCGACGCCGUCGGGCCUGAUACGAUAUUACAACCAAACGCUCGGCGAUUAUGACUAUGAAGAUCCUAACUGGAGCAUUUUCGAUCAUAUUGGUGCCAUACUGAGCAUAGAGCAUGUCCAAGAGUUAUUUGUAUCAAAACGAAAAACUCGCAAACGUCUGCAGAACACCACCACUGUGGAGAAACAUAUUCGACAAAGCUACAACCAUUUCAUCACGGAUUUGUAUCGAAAAUCUGUGGAUGAUCCUUAUUAUCGUAGGAGUGUCCGUAUGAAGGAUCACAUUGUCUUCGAUGUCUCUAAUAAAUCGAAGAUCUGGUACAAAUCCGAAACUCAGCUUACUGGAUAUGGACUUAACGAAAACUUGACGAUGUUAGCACAAGGUACGAAGGCGAUCUAUCUGGGAAAUGCGCUACUAGGAGUCGCAGGUUUCGAGUUUGCUUACGACUAUGUGGUGAACUUGAUGGGUGAGCAUGGAUGUGAACCUUCAGACGAUCGACGAUGGUGUGUCCUGCUUGACGAGCACGGCUACGUCUUUUACAGUAACCAAAAAGACAUAUCAUACGAGGACUAUUUGCAAGAUCCUUACACAAAGGGAAAACAUAUCAGCCAAUGGUUUGGUGGAAUUAAUCGGGUCUCACAGCGAGCUAUGGCAUUACUCGUCGAGAAGAGGUUCUAUACAAAACUGAAAUACACUGACCAUCAGGCUAUGUGCAAAGAACGGAAAAUGGUGGUUAUGUCGGCAACUUCAUUGCGGCCCUUCCGAUGGAUUUACCGUUGGUUGAUGUCUAGUAUCUACAAACUCAUACUAAUCACUAGACAAUAUCCUCUACUACAUUUCGUUCACUAUUUCACUCAACCAGUAAGAUCCUACACAGCGUCAUUCCACGAGGGAAGCGAAGGUUAUCCAUGCUCUAAGCACUCUUAUUUCUACCUUUCCAACAGGGAUGGGAGAUCUCGUCCGCAAACCACCACUCUUGUCGAUAUGAACCGCUCAGAUCGUCCCUGCACGUUAAAUUCUGCCAAAUGUUCAGUAAAGAUGCAAGCUGCAUUCGUCGAAGGCACCAAUCUUGUUAUGGUAUGGAUAAUCCAGGAUAAAACGUCGGACAACUGUUACGAUGAGACUCAAUGUCCGAAAGCAGAGCCGUCAGAGGUCCCGUUUGGAUUCGAACAGGUACCGCCGUUAGACCCGUCGGAAAAAUGUACUGGUAUACCACAUCGGAAACCGGCACGUUCACAAUCGAUGUGCUAUAAUGUGGUGCAUGAGACUGGAAAAUUCCCGUGCUCAUUUUCACCAUCACUCAACGCACCGACAUUGUUAUUUGUCGUCUCAGUUGCAUUACAGGAUUUUAAGUUGUGCUAUGCGUUCAACACUGCUAGUGUUCACGAGCCUAGAAUGUUCGAAGAAAUUGUAAGAUUACACCAGAAACGUACAGAAUCUUUGAUGACCGUGAUUGCUCGAUUCUCCUUCGGUGGUACCGAUAUCAAGCACACUUCACUAAAGCGUGUUGUUAUGCAUACACAUGCCCUUAUCAACUAA